GCCGAUUCUUUUUCCAAGGGUUUGUCAAGUCGCCGUUCAAUUUUACCGAAAUAAUCCUUCACGAUGUUGCCUCAUUGAUCAUACUUGGGUACUGGUUGCCAAGUCACCAUAAAGAUGGCGUACAUCCAAGAGACGCUGGUUCACCAGAGCCACCCGAAGACGGUCAUGACCCAGAUGCAGCAACUACAAACCCAGCAAGUCCUGUGCGAUCUGACACUGCUGACAAAAGAUGGCGGCAACUUCCCUGUCCACAAACUCGUCAUGAUCAGUGGGUCAGAGUAUUUCAAGACGUUGUUGGAUAAAGGGAUGCUCAAUGCAGAAGGAUUGAUUAUGCAUGACAUCACUUGCAACUCCUUGCAGCAGCUUAUUCACUACUUAUACACAGGCGUGGCAUACGUCAAUAAGUUCACCAUCAUGCAGCUCUACACUGCAGCCAGCCAGCUCAGCAUCAUCUCGUUGAAGAAACUCUGCCGCGACUAUGUGCGACGGAACGCCAGGUCAAUGGGACUUGCUGAUGAUCUUUUGGAGGAGAUGAAGACAGUAUGGGCACGGGAGGAUGCUAUGGCACGCCAGAGUAAAGACACGCAACCAACCAUGAUAACGUCUCCCAUCGGGAGUAAUACUGGUUUUCCGGCACCAGUUGCCCCGUCGCUGCCUACAAUUUCAGCUGCACCAAUCGGGAGUGAGAACGCGGCGAAUGGGGGCAAGGUUGUUUACUAUCCAGAUGAGAUGUCGCUCGAUGGCGAACAUUUAGAGGGUGAACCGGUCAUUCCUGAGGAAGUGGCUCCACCUAUUGUGGAGACAAGGAAUGAAGAUACUUUGAGUGGGAAGAUGAAAACUGAUGAAAGUGUUGUAGUGGCAGAGAAACCUGCCGAGAUUCAGGCCAAUGUUAAGGAUGAAGCAGAACUCAAGGCUGAGGAUGAUUUGGGUAAUCUGAGUUACGGCGAGUUUGAGAGUACGGAAGGGGAUAAUGACGAUGAUUACAACCCAGGGGGCGCUGACGAGGGAGAUGUGGUUAUGGGGAAGCGUAGGAAAGGUAAUGUUGCUGCAAAGCUUCCAGUUAAACGAAAACGUAGUCAAAAGAAAUCUGUUUCUAUCUCGACGACAAAGCCGAUGAGGUCGAGACGUAGUUCGAAAAAAACUGUGAAGGUGUCGAGAAAAACAAAGAAACCAGCGAAAUCCAUGACAAAGUCAGAUGAAAAGCCUCGUCCAAUCAAAUUAAAGAUACGUAAAUCGGAUGUGGAAGAUUAUGAUAAGUUUAUAUGCAGCGUCUGUGGCGAUGGGUUCCGUUAUGACACGUUUUUGAAACUGCAUAAAUUAAAGGAGCACGCGACAACCAUCCCAACAGUUGGGAUGCAUUUUUUCAUGAGGAAAUAUCGUCGUAUCAUGUACAAUCCCCGGCCAGUAGAUGGAGCCUACCAUUGUUGUCGACCACGUUGUUUAGAGCGUGAAGAAACGUUUACAAACCUGACACGUUUGAGAUGUCAUGAGAUUAAGAGACAUCCGGAAUUUCCGUUUCUAAUCUCUCUGGAACCUAAGGUCAAGGUCAGAGAGAGACGAAGACGGAAAUAUAGUUGUAAUUUAUGCCAGCCGCAGCGCUACUUCCUGCAUUUGAAUCUCUUGAAGAAACACAAUGGCGUGAUGCACGGUGAUAUCGUGCAAGACGAGAAAGUGGGAGAGCGUAAGAGAAGAAGUGCACAAAAGAAGAACGCUGUCCUGAAACUGAAGCCCAAGAAGAGAUUAGUCAUGACAUUACCUUUACCGGCUCCCGGGAACAUCAUGUGUCAAUUGUGCAAACUGCCGAUCAAAAACCAAGUCGAACUUGCCAAACACUUGCAGCUCGAUCAUGACAUUUACACUUUAGUCUAUAACAAGAGUAAAAUCAAACUGCAGUGUCCGGAUUGUCGUAAAGCUUGCGCUGGAAACCGCAAUACGUAUAAACUUCUCCGUAAACAUAUCCGGUCGGCGCACGGAACAGACAUUGCACGGCAGUGUUUCUACUGCGGUCGGGUCAUGAACAGCCGCACCAGCCUCAAUCAUCACUUGAAAAGUUCCCACCGUAUAAAUCCAUCGAUUAUGAAACUUGACCCGAUCAUGAAGAAAUAUAUCGUCGGGGGAGAGAAAUCUGGCGGUGAUGAUGUGACGGGUACUCUACGCUGUCAUUAUUGUCGAACAGCUCUUCCAACAGACUCUGAAUUAGCGGAUCACCUGCGUACCAUGCAUGCCCAGUUUGCUUCCUUUACGCGUAUCACUGCUAAAGACAAUUCAGAUAAUUAUGACUGCCAACGUUGCCACCGUGUGUUCAAAACUGUCGAUGAGAUUCAGCUGCAUUUUGUCGAUGAUCAUGGGCCUGGACGUCGCAUGAAGAAUAAACACACCAGCGAGAUUCUUGGCAUAUUCCGGUGCCGGGAGGAAGGGUGUUUCUCCGAGUCGAGGGUUGAAGCAGAGUUGGAGUCUCACAUGAAGGAAAAACAUCCCUCAGUGAAAUACGACUGCCAUCAGUGUCACUUCACGACUUCCCUCUGCUACAAGCUGGAUGAGCAUCUUCCUAAACACACCUCAAAGUUCAUCUGCGACCUUUGUGGAAAAGAAUGCCGGAAAAACUUUGCCCUGAAAACACACAAGUUCAGAAAACAUAACAUACAGGAUGCAAGUUUGAAGGUGCACCAGUGCGAGUUUGACGGAUGUCGGUUCACAUGCUUCCAGAAAAGUUCGCUGAAAGGUCACAUGAUCAAACAUCAGAAAGACAAGCCAUUCACAUGUCCGACCUGUGGCCGAAGCUUGAAGACGGCACAGAGUCUCGAGAUGCAUAACAACAAGGUCCACAAAGGAAUACGCCCUUAUAUGUGUGAAAUCUGUGGACGUGGAUUCUCCAAGCAAUGUGAGAUUCGCGCCCAUGUCAGACAGCACUCAUCUGACCGCCUCAAGUGUGAACACUGCAAGUUCUCAACAAUGAACAAGUAUAGUCUGAUCAGCCACCUUCUGUCACGCCACAACAUCCAAGUACGAGAAAACGAAAAGCUUUUCCACUGCCCAAUGUGCGAUUAUAAAACAAUGCGUGAAAAACACCUGACCAAUCACAUCAACUCUCACUUGAACGUCCGAGAAUUCAUCUGUUCAAAAUGCGGGAAGAGCUUCGUUUCGGCAAAUUCACUGCGUGGUCAUAAUAACUGGGUGCAUAGCGAGAAGCGGUAUCGGUGUGACUUCUGUAGCUACCGCGGUGGGUCGUUGUCGAAUUUGAAACAGCAUGUACGAAUCAUGCACACUCAAAGAGGGUUAAAGCCAUACAAAUGUGCAUACUGUGAUUUCCGUUGCGAGUUGAGCGGGAAUUGUCGCGUGCAUUGCCGCUCAGCGCACAAAGGUUUAGAAAUCAAAUGGGUCAAAGUGGUGGAUUUCAAUCUUGAUUUGCCAAAGAAAGGUUUGUUGGGUGAUGAUUAUGAGGAGGAGGACCUUCCUACGAUGGUCCCUACGACUAGUCAAGCUGUGACAACGUUACCCUUGGAGACGCAGAUAUCAGCAACGCCACCGCCAUUGCAGACGACUGUCCAGAUUCCUGUCGUGGAGCUGCAUAAUAAAAAAGAAUCGGCACUGGCACACGAGUUACAACAAGAAAUACACGAGGUCCACGACAUUCGUGACUUGAGAGAAAUGGCGGCCGCCCAAGAGGCGAGGGAAAUUGAGAUUGGACGCCAGUCGGCUCCACCUAGUAGUAGUCAUACACCGCAGCCGGUUAUGUAUCAACAGGAUGGUACAGGGCCGGUGAUGUAUCCAGAUCCUCACACUGCCCUCUAUCUGUCAGAACCGAUACCAACAACGAGAACAACAUAUUAUUCCACCGAUGGGAAUUUGUAUGACGUACAACGAGCACAAAUGUAUAUGCCUCACGAUGCACAUACUGGACACCUGUAUCAACAUCAUGAAGGUGGGGGGAUGUACACUAACUAGAAUCAUGGAGGGGACGUGUAAUUCCUAUAAUUGCUUUCAGAACAGUACUCAAUUGAAGAGGAGAGCAUCAAAAUGUUGGCAGCCAUUUUGACGAAAGCAGUAAGUGCAACCAUGGAGACCACGACCAGAUCUAGUUUUAACCCCUUCAGUACUGAUAAUGUUGCUAUGUUAAUGUAUGUUUCCAUGCUUGCUCAUGUGUUGCUAUGGUCUAAAUGGCAGCCACACCCUAUCCUCCCCUAUUGAGAGUCUUUGGAACCAAAAUGCUGUCCACCUGAUUGAGUAGCUGAUGGUUCAAUACGUGUGAAUUUGUGUAAAGUGUCUUUUCCAAGGACAUAGGCAAAAGUUGUACUUAGAUAUCUGAAACCAGAUGAAGAAGAUAUUUUGUAAGUGUUAGAUUUUCUUUCUGUGUGCCAUAAUUAAUUGACUUGAAUAGUAUGAUUCAGAAGAUAAAUAUACACAAGUAUUGUGUUAGUUAGUGUGACGUCCCACAAAAAUUAUUUAGGCGUAUAUUCGUUAGGUUGUUAGAUAUUUAGUAUUUGAUAUGAAGUCUAUUUCACCUUGGAUGAUAGAAGGUUACGUGUACAUUUGUACAACAGGUGCUAUAUCUUAUGUAAGAUGACCAGCUGCCAUCCCAGGUGACUCUGACUGAAAACGCAGAUUGAGCUUCAACCAUUGCCAUGACAACCAAGUUGAUAUGUUUCUAUGGAUACAAAGGUGGUGAAGAGUCAUGUUAUGGCUUAUUAAGAAGAAAACUUAUAUGAUGAUUAAGAUGAUUCUACUUAAAGAUGGUGAGAAAGAGAGUGUUUAUAAUUGGAGGUGUAGUUUGUUGAGAAGGUCAACGUGCGGGUGUAAGAUGCAGUAAGAAGGAGGAAUGCAAGGGCUGUCUAUCACUAGUUGUAGAGUUUCUCUACAGAAACUCCUUUGCACUAUAGUCUUGGUAGAUAACAUAAAUAACAAAAACUUUUAAGUUAUGAUGCAGGAGUUUUUGCUGUUAGACACUGAUUUAAUGUAUUUCAACUGUCAAUUUUUCUGAAAUUGAAAAUGUACACUAUACAUUGCUUAUAUUUAGAAGAUUAAUUGGAAGAACCCUUCAACUAAACAUCUUGUGGCAUUGAUUCCUACAGGCCAAUAGAUGACUUGUGUCAAUUCUAGUGUGUUUCAAACUAGUUUUAACCCCAGGGGUUUUGAAAAAUGAGUAAAUCACUAAUCAGGUACCUUUAUUGAAAUUGUACUUAAGCGAAUCAAGUGUUGGGUCUUAUUAUUUCGAGAUAUUUUCUGUUGAAUUUCUGUUCGCAUUUUUACCUGGAGAUUACGGAGAAGUCUAUCAGGUGCCAUUACAACUUUCGCCUACAGGGUGUGUCAAGAAAACAGCGACAUGAAGGGAAUACCUCAAUCCAUGUCCAAACAGCAGGGGCACCUGUUGCGAACAUGCUUGUUCAUAUUCUGUCUACAUCAUGUUUAGAGACCCGCUGUGAUGACCUGUUAUUCACAAUUAGCUAGUUAUAAUGGCUCCUGGCAUUGGCAUUUCUCCAAACAUGUUGAACUAUUGACAGUACAAGCUGGCCAUGUAUUAGUUGAGGUUAGAGUCUAGACAAUAUAGAAUAUAUAUUAUACAAUAAAUUGA